CUGGUCAUUUCCACGCCCAUCCCACCCACUUCCUGCCUCCCUCUUGGGCAACAAAGGGGCCUCGGGAAGCUGGGCCCUUUUGGUUCCCGGCCCCACUCCUACUCUAGCCCUGCUGAUGUGGAACCGGGUUUGGGCUCUGCCCGGCUAUUGUCUGCGCUGGGGGAGGGGACAGGCUGGGGCCGGGAACUCUGCACGCUGGCGGCUGCACCAAGUCCCCCACUGGGGGUCUUUGCCCAACCGCCUGCUUGCCUCUGCCGAAUAAGGGGUAUACCUCCCCGAAUUAGGUCUUGGGCCUGGCCAGAGUCCAGGUAGCAGGUCCUGUUUCUUAAGAUUGUUCUAAAACCUUUUUGUUUUAUCUGCACAACUCCCUGUUGAGAGGGAGUAGGGAUGGCCUGGAGGCCAUAGAAGGCUUUUUGAUGACUGCCCACGCCUAGUGCCUGCUGACUCAGCUCCUCCCUGCUCCUCUGGAAGAGACCCCCAGGGUCCCUGGGGGCAGAGGCCAGUUGCUGAAACUAGCAGGGCUGCUGGACUGAAGUUUAGAGCCCGGGUGUUUGCCAUGGCCCCGCACUGGGCUGUCUGGCUGCUGGCAGCAGGGCUGUGGGGCCUGGGCAUUGGGGCUGAGGUGUGGUGGAACCUUGUGCCCCGGAAGACAGUAUCUUCUGGGGAGUUGGCCACAGUAGUGAGGCGGUUCUCCCAGACGGGCAUCCAGGACUUCCUGACCUUGACCCUGAGGGAGCACUCUGGGCUUUUAUAUGUGGGGGCUCGAGAGGCGCUGUUUGCCUUCAGCGUAGAGGCUCUGGAGCUGCAAGGCGUGAUCUCCUGGGAGGCCCCGGCUGAGAAGAAGAUUGAGUGUACCCAGAAAGGGAAGAGCAACCAGACCGAGUGCUUCAACUUCAUCCGCUUCCUUCAGCCAUACAAUGCCUCCCACCUAUACGUCUGUGGUACCUAUGCCUUCCAGCCCAAGUGCACCUACAUCGACAUGCUCACUUUCACCUUGGAGCGUGGAGAAUUUGAAGACGGGAAGGGGAAAUGUCCCUAUGACCCAGCUAAGGGCCACACUGGACUCCUUGUGGAUGGUGAGCUGUUCUCAGCCACGCUCAACAACUUCCUGGGUACCGAGCCUGUUAUCCUGCGGAACAUGGGGCCCCACCACUCCAUCAAGACCGAGUACCUGGCGUUUUGGCUAAAUGAACCCCACUUCGUAGGCUCUGCCUAUGUCCCUGAGAGUGUGGGGAGCUUCACGGGGGACGAUGACAAGGUCUACUUCUUCUUCAGCGAGCGGGCAGUGGAGUACGAUUGCUACGCCGAGCAGGUGGUGGCUCGCGUGGCUCGCGUCUGUAAGGGCGACAUGGGGGGCGCCCGGACCCUGCAGAAGAAGUGGACAACGUUCCUGAAAGCACAGCUGGUGUGCUCGGCCCCGGAGUGGAAGGUGUACUUCAACCAGCUCCGGGCAGUGCACACCCUGCUGGGUACCUCUUGGCACAACACCACCUUCUUUGGGGUGUUUCAAGCGCGAUGGGGCGAUAUGGACCUGUCAGCAGUCUGUGAGUACCAGCUGGAACAGAUCCAACAGGUGUUCGAGGGCCCCUACAAAGAGUACAGCGAGCAGGCCCAGAAGUGGGCCCGCUAUACUGACCCAGUACCCAGCCCUCGGCCUGGCUCGUGCAUCAACAAUUGGCACCGCCACAAUGGCUACACCAGUUCUCUGGAGCUGCCAGACAACAUCCUCAACUUCAUCAAGAAGCACCCGCUGAUGGAGGAGCAGGUGAGGCCUCGGUUGGGCCGCCCCCUGCUUGUGAAGAAGAACACGAACUUCACACACGUGGUGGCCGACAGGGUCACAGGACUCGAUGGCGCCACCUAUACAGUGCUGUUCAUUGGUACAGGAGACGGCUGGCUGCUGAAGGCUGUGAGCCUGGGGUCCUGGGUCCACAUGAUAGAGGAGCUGCAGGUGUUUGACCAGGAGCCGGUGGAGAGUCUGGUGCUGUCCCGGAGCAAGAGGGUGCUUUUCGCUGGCUCCCGCUCUCAGCUGGUCCAGUUGCCCCUGAAUGACUGCACAAAGUACCGUUUCUGUGCAGACUGUGUCCUUGCCCGGGAUCCCUACUGUGCCUGGAAUGUCAACACCAGCCGAUGCGUGGCCACCACCGUUGGUCACCCAGGCUCCCUUCUGAUCCAACACGUGACAAACUUGGACUCCUCAAAGAUGUGUAACCAGUAUGGCAUUAAGAAAGUUCGAUCUGCGUCCAAGAACAUCACCGUAGUGGCGGGGACAGACCUGGUUCUGCCCUGCCACCUCUUGUCAAAUUUGGCCCAUGCCCGCUGGACCUUCAGAGGCCGGGACCUGCCUGCCGAACAACCUGGCUCCUUCCUUUAUGACACAGGACUCCAGGCGCUGGUAGUGAUGGCUGCCCAGCCCCGCCAUGCUGGGCCCUAUCACUGCUAUUCGGAGGAGCAGGGGACAAGACUGCCUGCAGAAAGCUACCUUGUUGCUGUCGUGGCUGGCCCGUCAGUGACCCUGGAGGCCCGGGCUCCCCUGGAAAACCUGGGGCUUGUAUGGCUAGCUGUGGUGGCUCUGGGGGCUGUGUGCCUGGUGUUGCUGCUGUUGGUUUUAUCACUUCGUCGGCGACUUCGAGAAGAGCUAGAAAAAGGUGCCAAGGCAGCUGAGAGGACAUUGGUGUACCCACUAGAACUGCCCAAGGAACCAACCAGUCCCCCCUUCCGCCCUGGCCCCGAAACAGAUGAGAAACUUUGGGAUCCCGUUGGCUACUACUAUUCAGACGGCUCUCUCAAGAUUGUGCCUGGUCACGCCCGGUGCCAGCCCGGGGGUGGGCCCCCUUCACCACCUCCUGGCAUACCUGGCCAGCCCCUGCCUUCUCCCACUCGGCUUCACCUAGGGGGAGGUCGGAACUCAAACGCCAAUGGCUAUGUGCGCUUACAACUGGGAGGGGAGGACCGAGGAGGACUUGGGCAUCCACUGCCCGAGCUCGCGGAUGAGCUGCGGCGGAAACUUCAGCAGCGCCAGCCACUGCCUGACUCCAACCCAGAGGAGUCCUCAGUAUGAGGGGAGCCCCCCCACCCACCUCAUUGGCGAGGGUCUCGUGGGAGGUGCACCCUUACUUUUGCACAGGCACCAGCUACCUCAGGGACAUGGCAGGGGCACUUGCUCUGCCUGGGACAGACACUGCCCAGCAUUUGCCCAGCCAUGAGGACCUGCUCAGCAUGGGCACUGCCACUUGGUGUGGCUCACCAGGGCAUCAGCCUCACAGGAGGCCACGCCCUCCUCUGUGAAUUUCAGACAUUGUGGGACCCCAGCAGCCAAAACUUUGCAAGGCAGAAGUUUCAAGAUAUGGGUGUUUGUGCAUAUAUGUGUUGGUGCGUGUAUGUAUGGAGGGGUGUGUGUUGUAUGUGUGUGUGUCUAGGUGUGUCUCUGUUAAGUCUUCCCUUGGCCUGGGGUCCUCCUGGUGAGUCUUUGGAGCUAUGAAGGGGAAGGGGGUCAUACCACUUUGCCUCUCCUACCCCCACCUGUCCCGAGCUUGGGUCAGUGAUGUACAGAUGGGGAUGGGUGGACAGGGUGCUGUACCCCUCUGGGGGGAGUGCAGGACUCAGGGGUGGGCCUAGUCCUGAUCCUAGGGCUGUGAAUGUUUUCAGGGCGGGUGGGGGAGGGAGAUGGAGCCUCCUGUUUCAGGGGGAAGGGUGGGCAGGGCCUCCCACUUGGCCUCUGGGUUCAGUGGUAUUUUAUACUUGCGCUCUUCCGACAGGGCUGGGAAAGGUUGGGGGGAGGGAAGGGAGAGUGGGCAUGCUGUGGAUACUGGCGUAUCCUCUCCCAGCUCCAGGAAAAGGGCUCCUAACAGUGUAACUUAUUGUGUCUCCACAUAUUUAUUUGUUGUAAAUAUUUGAGUAUUUUUAUAUUGACAAAUAAAAUGGAGAAAAUGAAA